CAGUUUGGCUGGGUGGCUGAAAGGUUGGGGUUUCGCCGCAGAGAUGGGCUGACAGGCAUAUGCGGGUCGUGUUCCCUCCAUCAGAUACAGCGUUGCAGUGUUUGUACUCAGUGACAGGCGUGGGAGUUACUGGUGGGGGACGAGAUUUGGGGAGCGAGUAAGACAUGAGCGCUCAUAGAUUGUUAUAACUGUGGCAAGUGGGCAUAUAAGUUCUCAUCUCUCGCACUGGCUUUUAAGCCUGGCGUUGACUACUUCCAUGCCUGGCUUGACUGUUUGGAUCAAGACAACUUCUCAGAGUUUUCGUUUGCUUCAGGAAUCCAGCUAUCUACCACCAAGAAGAAAUCUAGUAAUUUUAGACUGAGGAAUCCCUUUACUUAAAAAAUUAGGAUGAAAGAACCUUUGGAUGGUGAAUGUGGCAAAGCACUGGCACCACAGCAGGCCCUUCUGGACAAAAUUAAAGAAGAACCUGACAAUGCUCAAGAAUAUAUACAUGCUUCAAGGCCAAAAGCUCAAGAAAGUGAACUGAAAAUCAGUGCUGUGUUUUCGGUCAGUGACAGCCCUCUUGCCCAACAGUUGACCCCAGGCUUUCAGCUUUCUCUUGCAUCAUCUGGCCCAAAUGUAUCGCUUCCUUCAGUUCCAGCCGUAGCUCUUCAGGUUUUUUGCUCUGGUUGUAAAAAAAUGCUUUACAAGGGGCAAACUGCGUUUCAUAAGACAGGAUCGACUCAGCUCUUUUGCUCUACAAGGUGCAUCGUUGGACAUUCUUCAUCUGUCUGCCUACCACCUCCUCCCAAGAAAGCCUGUGCAAACUGCUCGAAAGACAUUUUAAAUCCAAAGGAUGUGAUCACAACCCAAUUUGAAAAUGCCUCUCCUAGCAAAGAUUUCUGCAGCCAAUCAUGCCUUUCUUCUUAUGAGCUAAAGAAAAAGCCUGUUGUUACCAUAUAUACCAAUAGCAUUUCAGCUAAGUGCAGUAUGUGUCAGAAGAAUGCUGAUAUUCGAUUUGAAGUUAAAUAUCAAAAUGUGGUACAUGGUCUUUGUAGCGAUGCCUGUUUUUCAAAAUUUCAUUCUACCAACAACCUCACCAUGAACUGUUGUGAGAACUGUGGGAGCUAUUGCUAUAGUAGCUCUGGUCCCUGCCAGUCCCAGAAGGUUUUUAGUUCUACAAGUAUCACGGCGUAUAAGCAGAAUUCAGCCCAAACUCCUCCGUAUGCCUUGGGGAAAUCAUUGAGGCCCUCAGCUGAGAUGAUUGAGACGACAAAUGACUCAGGAAAAACGGAGCUUUUCUGCUCUAUUAAUUGCUUAUCUGCUUACAGAGUUAAGACAGUUACUUCUUCAGGUGUCCAGGUUUUGUGUCAUAGUUGUAAAACCUCGGCAAUCCCUCAGUACCACCUGGCCAUGUCCAAUGGAACGAUACACAGCUUCUGCACCUCGAGUUGUGUGGUGGCUUUCCAGAAUGUAUUUAACAAGCCAAAAGGAGCAAACUCUUCGGUGGUGCCUGUGUCUCAGACCCAAGUGAUUGUAAGCCUACCCUCUGGGUCAGCAGUGUCAGCCGGAAGAGGUUACACCUCCGCCUUUCCCCCCAGCUCCGUCAGUGGCUCCACUGCAGCCAGUCUCCAGCCUCCUGCUCAGUUCCAGCAAGUUGCUUUAACCCAUAGGAUUGUCAGACUCAGGUGUCAGCACUGUAACCAUCUGUUUGCGACAAAACCAGAACUUCUGUUCUACAAGGGGAGAAUGUUUCUGUUUUGUGGCAAGCUUUGCUCUGAUGAAUACAAAAAGAAAAACAGAGUUAUGGCGAUGUGUGACUACUGUAAACUACAGAAAAUUAUAAAGGAGACUGUACGAUUCUCAGGGGUUGAUAAGCCAUUCUGUAGUGAAGUUUGCAAAUUCCUGUCUGCUCGUGACUUUGGGGAGCGAUGGGGAAGCUACUGUAAGAUGUGCAGUUAUUGUUCACAGACAUCCCCUAAUUUGGUAGAAAAUCGACUGGAGGGCAAGUUAGAAGAGUUUUGUUGUGAAGAUUGCAUGACCAAAUUUACUGUUCUGUUUUAUCAGAUGGCCAAGUGUGAUGGUUGCAAACGACAGGGAAAGCUAAGUGAGUCCAUAAAAUGGAGAGGAAACAUCAAACAUUUCUGUAACCUAUUUUGUGUCUUGGAGUUUUGUCAUCGUCAGCAAAUUAUGAAUGACCCUUUUUCACAAAAUAAAGUAAAUAUUUCUAAGGCACGCAUUGCUUCAGUGGCGCUCCCUGCUGCAAGGACAAAUACAACACCAGUUAUAACCAAUGUGGUGUCAUUGGCAAAAAUAUCUCCUGCCCAGCCCACAGGGAGUGGUGUUUUAAAAGGUGCAGUUAUUACUAAAGAGGCAACAAAGAUCAUUGAAAAUUCCUAACCUUCAGAACCAUCUUCUCAGCCAUCCACUGUCUCCGGGACCAGCCAACAUUGUCUUUAUUGCCAGUCAACCAAGAACUCCCAGAUUAAUCAGAAUUACUCCACCAAGGUGGAGGCCAGCAUGAAACGCGUGGCAGCCUGCAUCUGCAGGCCUCCUACACGUACUGCGCUCUGAACAUCCAUGUCCACCAUGGCAGUGUGGCUCUGGAGACUGUGGGCCGCUUCUCCUGAGAGCUGGCCUCUUCAAGAUACUAAACCAGUGCAGUGGCUGUGUCCUCUUCCAGAGUGUGCCGAAGCUGUCCCAAGAUGAGUGAGGUAAAAACCCUGGACACCAUGGACACUACUCUGGUCGUGGAGAAGAACCUGAACCAAGCCCUUUUGGAUCUUCAUACCCUGGUUCUGCCUGUGCAGACCCCCAUUUCUGUGACAUCCUGGAGAAUCACUUCACAGAUGAGGAGGUGAAACUCAGCAAGAAGUUGGGCAUCCACCGGACAGACUGGCUGCUGUUGGGCCAGCGAGUAUCCCUUUGAGGGGUCAGCCUCAACUCAAGAAGGGCUCGGAGCCUCUGGCCCAGCUGCCUUUGAGGGGAUCCUGUGCAUCCCCCAGGUGUCAGGACUUCUGCUUGAGCGUCUUCCUGCAGCCACUAGGCAGCUUUUUAACCACCCAAGAGCCCUCUCCCAAGCCAUGAACCAAAUGGAGACAGUAAAGGCUUUGCAGGAAGAGAGAAAAGACCUUAGUCUGUAGAUAUACUAGCACAUGCAGAAUCAGUUAGUAUGUAAGGAUAUUUAUUUGUUUAUAGUAGCAAAAGAUUUGUAACAUUUAAUGUUCAGCAGCAGGGACUCUUCAAAUUACAUAUAGUGCAGUCAGUGUAUAAAAGUGUUAACAGGCAGCUUUGUAUAAAGUUACGUGAAAAUACCUCCAAGAUAGGUAACUAAGUGGCAAAGCAAGGUGCUGAACCUUGCUAAUAAUGUGCUACCAUGUGCAAAGAGGGCUGAGCGCUGAAGAAUCGAUUCUUUCGAACUGUGGUGCUGGAGAAGACUCUUGAGAGUCCCUUGGACAGCAAGUCAGUCCUAAAGGAAAUCAUCCCUGAAUAUUCAUUGGAAGGACUGAUGUUGAAGCUGAAACUUCAGUACUUAGUCCACCUGAUGUGAAGAGCCGACUCAUUGGAAAAGACCCUGAUGCUGGGAAAAAUUGAGGGCAGGUGGAGAAGGUGGCAACAGAGGAUGAGAUGUUGGAUGGCAUAAUCAACUCAAUGGACAUGAGUUUGAGCAAACUCCAGGAGAUAGUGAAGGACAGGCGAGCCUGGUCUGCUGCAGUUCAUGGUGUCACAAAGAGUUGGACAUGACUGAGCAUCUGAACGACGACGUCUGUGUAAUCAGAAGCAACUUAAUUAUACAGCCCAUCUCUAGAAGGAUGUAUAAGAGACUGAGAACAUUGUGUUCAAGACUGAGUUUGGAUACAUGGCACACAGUUGUAGAAAACUUACUUUUCACGAAUAUACUUUAUGAAAUCUUACAUCAUUCAAAAUUAUUGCAUCUAACAUCUAUUGUGGCUUUCCCUGGUGGCUCAGACGGUAAGGCACCUGCUUGCAAUGCCAGAGACCCAUGUUCGAUCCCUGGGUCGGGAAGAUCCCCUGAAGAAGGAAAUGGCAACCCACUCUAGUACUCUUGCCUGGAAAAACCCUUGGACAGAGGAGCCUGGUAGGUUACAGUCCAUGGGGUCGCAAAGAGUUGGACAUGACUGAGCAACUUCACUUUCACUUUCUUUCAACAUCUAUUUAAAAAGUAAAUUUAAAUAACAGUCUCCCCCUUAUCUGUGGGGAAUAUGUUGCAAAACCCUCAGUGGAUGCCUGAAACUAUGGACAGUACCAAACCGAAUAUAUACACUAAUUUUUUUUCCUAUACAUACAUAUCUAUGAUAAAGUUUAAUUUAUAACUUAGGCACAGUAAGGGAUUGACAACAGUAGCAAUAACAUAGAACAGUUAUAACAGUAUACUAUAAUGAAAGUUAUACUAACGUGGUCUCUGUCUCAAAAUACCUUAUUGUACUGUAUCACCAUUGUUGUGGUGAUACGAGAUGAUUAAGUGAGGUGAAGUAUGUAGGCAUUGUGAUGAAGUGUUACGCUUUUCCCUUUGCACUUGAAGGAUGCACUUUAGGACUUCUCUUUGGUGUAUGUGAAUUGCUGCUCUUGUGCUUUGGGGCGCCAUCAUCAAAUACUAUAAAAGUUAUGCUUUGCUGUGCUCAGCAUGUCUGAGUCAUGUCUGACUCUGACCCCAUGGACUGUAGCUCGCCAGGCUCCUCUGUCCACAGGAUUCUCCAGGCAAGACUGGAGUGGGUUGCCAUGGCCUUCCCCAGAGGAUCUUCCCGACCCAGGGACUGAACCUGCAUCUCUUGUGUCUCCUGCAUUGCAGGCAGAUUCUUUACCCACUGAGCUAUCUGGGAACCUAAGUAUAACAACAGUUACUUGACCACAAGCACUGUGAUAUCAUGGCAAUCAUUUGACAUCCUUGAUGGCUGAAAGUGAAAAAAAUAGUGGAAGUGUUAAUUGUUAAAGUCAGUCAUGUCUGACUAUGCGAUCCCAUGGACUGUAGCUUGCCAGGUUCCUCUGUCAAUGGAUUCUCCAGACAAGAAUACUGGAGUGGGUAGCCACUCCCUUCUCCAGGAAAUCUUCCCAACCCAGGGAUCAAACCCAGGUCUCCUGCAUUGCAGGCAGAUUCUUUACUGUCUGAACCACCAGAGCUACAAAAUGGCUAAUGGGCAGGAUAUGCCAGACAAAGGAAUGGUUCACUUCCUCUGCAGGACAGAAUGGGACAGCAGGAGAUUUCAUCGUGCUACUCAGAAUGGUGCACAGUUCCAUAACGUAAACUUGUGAAUUGUUUAUUUCUGGAGUUUUCCACUUAAUACUAUAUUUUCAGACUGCAGUUGACCACCGGUAACUGAAACCAAGGAAAGCAAAACUGCAGAUGAGGGGGACUACUGUGUACCAUUUGGUGGUUUCCCAUCACUCUUAAUAUACAAUCAUAAUUUUCUGGUGUUUUUAAAUUAAGACCUUCCAGGCUAAGAACAGUGCCUGGCUUGUAGUAAACAUUCAGUAAAUGUUUACUGAAUGAAAGAACAUGUUUUAAAUACAUGUUCUUCGCCCAUUCUGUUGUUUAUCCUUCAACUUUAAAGGCCAUUGUUUGCAAAAGUUUAAAAUUUCAAGGUAGUCAAUUGUAUCAGUCUUUACUUAAGCCUUUCGUGUUUUAUUUGAGAAUACUUCCUCUGUUGUUGUUCAGUCAGUCGUGUCUGACUCUGCCAUCCCAAGGACUGCAGCACACCAGGCUCACCUGUCCUUCACUAUCUCCUGGAGUUUGCUCAGAUCCAUGUUCAUUGAGUCGGUGAUGCUAUCUCACCAUCUCAUCCUCUGUUGCUCUCUUCUACUUUUGCCUUCAGUCUUUCCCAACAUCAGGGUCUUUUCUGGUGAGUCCGCUCUUAUCAGAUGGACGAAGUAUUGGAGCUUUAGCUUCAGCAUCAGUCCUUCCAAUGAAUGUUCAGGACUGCGCUUUAGGAUUGACUGGUUUGAACUCCUUGCUGUCCAAAGGACUCUCAAGAGUCUUCUCCAGGACCACAAUUCAAAAGCAGCAAUUCUUUGGUGCUCAGCCUUCUUUGUGGUCCAAUUCUCACAUCUGUACAUGACUACCGGAAAAACCAUAGCUUUGACUAUACGGACCUUUGUUGGCAAAGUGAUAUCUCUGCUUUUUAAUACACUGUCUAGGUUUGCCCUAGCUUUUCUUCCAAGGAGCAAGUGUCUUUUAAUUUCAUGGCUGCAGUCACCAUCUGCAGUGACUUUGGAGCCCAUGAAAAUAAAAUUUGCCACUGUUUCUACUCUUUCCCCUUCUGUUUUCCAUGAAGUGAUGGAACCAGAUGCCAUGAUCUUUAGUUUUUUGAAUGUUGAAUUUUAUGCCAGCUUUUUCACUUUGCUCUUUCACCCUUAUCAAGAGGCUCUUUGGUUCCUCUUCACUUUCUACCAUCUAGUAUCAUCUGCAUAUAUGAGGUGGUUGAUAUUUCUCCAGGCAGUCUUGAUUCCAGCUUGUGAUUGAUCCAGCUUGGCAUUUGGCAUGAUGUGCUCUGUGUGCAUGCGUGCUAAGUCACUUCAGUCAUGUCCAACUCUUUUGGACCCUGUGGACUGUAGCCCACCAGGCUCCUCUGUCCAUGGGACUCUCCAGGCAAGGGUAAUGGAGUGGUUUACCAUGCCCUCGUCCAGGGGAUCUUCCUGACCCAGGGAUUGAAGCUGGAUCUCUUUAUUUCUCCUGCAUUGGCAGGUGGGUUCUUUACCACUAGUGCCACCUGGGAAGCCCUAUGUUCUCUGCUUUUAAGUUAAAUCAACAGGGUAACAGUAUUCAGCCUUGUCAUGCUCCUUUCCCAAUUUUGAACCAGGCACAGAAGAAAGGGAAAGGAGAAAGAAGGCAACGGAGAAAGGGAGAGAGACACUGAAUGCAGAGUUCCAGGGAACAGCAAGGAGAGAUGAGAAGGCCUUCUUAGAUGAACAGUAGUUUCUCUGAUUUCUGAUUAUCUGAAAAUUCUCCAUUAAUUUCAGUUUUAUUUUUUUCGUGUUGAGGUCUUUAAUCAAUAUGAAGUAUUUUUUUGCAUAUGGUCUGAAGUUUGAUCCAAUUUUUCUGAAUAGCCAGUUGUUCUAAUCUGCAGAUUGUUUUCAUUUUACUUACUGUAGGCAGAGUAUUUUUAAAAAUCAGUAAAUGGUACUGAUACUGAUUGAAGAAUUAGUAAUUAGUAUAUAUUUUCCAAAGCAAUUUUAUUGUACCACUCUUUCAGAGAAUUAUAUUUCUUUUUAUAUAUAUCACCUUUCGAUCGAUAGCAAUUAUAGUCAGUGAGAAGAUACUAAAAAAAAAAUCUCUCUUUGGUUUCUGAAUUUGUU